AUGGCUGAGCCUCGGGUUGUCGUUGUCGAGUUGCUUCGAGCCAUCAAAGCGCGAGAUACUGCCAGAUUUCGGGCGCUUCUCUUCUCUCCAUUUGCGCUUCUCUUUACCGAUUACAAGGUCGGUACGCUAUGGGAUUCGUUAGGCUUCCUGUUCGGUCCUCUGGAUACAUGGACUGAGCCCGAGAUCCACGAACAAGGCCGCAUCACAGUCUACAAGACCCUCUGCACAUUUCAGCGCGUACGCCAAGCAUUCAAGAUCUCGUUGUGGGGUAACAAAGUGAUGGGCGUCGGGGUGGCCAGCGCUAUGGACAUUGGCCUCUUGCCGCCCUGGAAAGCCCCGAGCUAUGUUGACGAGGCCUCCAUUAGAGAAGAAGAGAUAUCAGUCCAACCUUACUGGGUCUGGCCUGUCACAAAAGGCACCAUCAACAUUCCCACACCAAAUGCCUCCGACCGCAAGCCUGCCGUCCUUCUCGUACCAGGCUCAGGUCCUAGUGACCGCGACUGCACCGUCGGUGGCUGCAAAUAUGUAAGUGUUCUUCGUUUCCUGGUACUCCCGCCCCAUUUGCUCGUAGUCUUGCUGAUGAAAGUCAACCCAUAUUUACAGUUCAAGGAUCUUGCCCUGGGCCUCGCUACUGCUGGCUUUGUCACUUUACGCAUGGACAAGCCUUCAACAGUCCUUGGCCUCAAAAUGCUGGUGACGAAGUCCUGCACUCUCCAAGACGAAUACAUCACGCCCCUUACAGCCGCAUUGAAAUGGCUCAGCAACCAUGAGUCAGUAGAUCCCAGCAAGAUCUUCAUCCUCGGCAGCAGUCUUGGUGGCACUGUUGCGCCGUGGCUCGCUAAAGCCAGCCCUGUUCCCAUUGCAGGUAUUAUCUCUUGUGCAGGUGCGAGCAUUUCGCUGGCCAAAACCCUCAUCAGGCAAAUGAAAUACCACGAGACUUACGCACCACAUGCCAAUCCCGAGGAUGCUGAGAAAUUGUAUCGGCAGUUUGAGGAGAUUCAGCGUGUGCUAGAUGCAGGCGGCCUGAAGAAGGGCGAGAAGGACCCCACCAAAGAGCUCGCCAUUCCGAUCCCUCUAACCUACCUGAGGGACUGCCAUACGCACGACCCGGUGAAGGCGGCGUCAACACUGGAUAUGCCCAUGCUGUUUGUGCAAGGGCGGCGGGAUUGGCAAGUGGGCAUGGAAGACUUCGUAAAGUGGCAGACUGGGCUAGGGGGGAGUAAGGCGAUCGAGAAAGCGGAGUGGAAGGUGUACGAUGACAUCGGCCAUCUUCUCACCGUGGUGGAUGAAGAAAAAAAGGGGGCUUUCCAGUAUGACGAGCCGGCCAACGUGAAGCAAGAUGUUAUCACAGAUAUAGUAGACUUUCUGAGGAGGUCGAGUGGACUGUAG